UGAAUCGAUGACGUCACAAAAGACGUGUCAGUGGAAGGAGUAGACAGGGAUUGUAGAGAAGCAUGUUGAAAAAUGUCCGAUUACUUUAAUUUAUCGUACAGCGUGAAUAGUGGUAAACAGAGGGGUUCGUGUUGUCGCGCGUGUGUACGUUAGACCGGUGUCGUUACAUGAUUAUCAUUGAGCCUCGAGGUAUCACGUGGACUAAGACGAAGUCAGUUUCGAACUAGUCAGACACGCCGUCGUCCCGAAAUAUCAUCGAAAAAUAAAACUGGUGUGGACGGUGUGGUUUUGUUCUCAUGGGACUUUUUGGAUGCUGGCUUUUGCGAUACGGAUGAAUUAUAGAAUACACGGGACGAAAGAAGUAACGGAAGGAACUCGAAUUUCCCGCAGAAAUUUUAUCGAGCACCCUAUAGGUAGAGCGCUGCGCAGCAGUGAAGCAUCGGCGCCGUCGGCAGCGGUGGCCUCUUGUAGUUUUUGCUACGCCCUCUUCGCAUGAAAAUGAUUCUUCCCCGGCGUGCUGUAGUAGGGAUCGUCGACCAUUGGUUAUCGAACGUUUGACUGACAGUUCGACUAUCUCGUGUUAGGCUCGCGAUGAAAGGGAGAAAGAAAAACGACUUCUGGCUUCGUAUUAACGCCCACCGCUGAUUCCAAAGCCGUUCUUUAACUCACGUCUCUUUCUACCGCGGUGUUGUUGCCCGUCACGACGCCGGUUUUAAUACGCCGAUGACUGACAGGAUAAACGUGUAAAUUAUUGGAAGACUGAAGAUAGAUCGAGGAAUAUUUGCAUAUCAGAGGCCCCGGAGGACCUGGGCAACGAUGGAAGCUGCCAGACAGGAAUGAUAGAAUGCAAGAGGGUAGCACCGCCGUGGCGCUAGCGAUGGUGACUCCUGGCUACGAUCAGGACCCUGCAAGUGGGGUUGCCGAUUACACGACUCAUCAAGAUCAAGCUCAGUUCGAGGCAGACAAGAGGGCAGUCUAUAAACAUCCCCUCUUCCCGUUACUCGCGUUACUCUUCGAAAGAUGCGAACAAGCUACACAGAGUUCGGACAACUCGACGUCCGAAAGCUUCAACAUGGACAUACAGGCCUUCGUCCAACACCAAGAAAGAGACCGAAAGCCUUUCCUAAUCAAUGACCCCGAAAUUGACGGUUUGAUGAUCAAAGCGAUACAGGUGCUGCGGAUUCACCUACUCGAGUUGGAAAAGGUGCAGGAGCUGUGCAAGGACUUUUGCAACAGGUACAUCACGUGCCUGAAGGGCAAGAUGCAGAGCGAGAAUCUGCUACGCAGCGAUUACAGUCACCAUGGACACGAUAUGGGUCCAUCGAGUGGCAGCAACGGAAGCAGUCCUUUGCAGGUGCUGUCUUCUACAGGCAAUGAUGUUGAGUCGGGAGCUAACGGAUUCAGAGUGAGCAGAGGCGACACCCUGUCGGAGAACGGUGGUGCGAGUCAAUUGGCUGCGCAAGAGGAAACCGGUAACGACAGGCCGCCAUCGGUGCGAUCAUCUUCCACUGCUCAGCGCUCGAUCAGAUCCUCCAGCCAGGACCAUGACGAUCCACUGUCACCUUCCACGGUACACGGGAGCACACCACUCUCACAAAUUGGGGCUCAUUCCUGUGCACCAGUCAACGAUAUCUAUCUUGGUCAAGAUGAUAUGGACUGUGUGAAUAUUGGCGACAGAAUAUAUUUAGAAGAGGUUGGUUAUUGGGGCCUCCUUGCCUUGCAAGAGCGUGAAAAUGAAUACGUCGAUGUCGGGGAUGCGAAUGACGAAAAGUAUUUUGAUAUUACUGUGGCUGGCUCUCCUUCACCUGCACCAAGUGAAGAUGAAGACGAAGGAUGUGGCACUGGUACUGCUACUUCCAAUCACAGUAGUAGUGGUCAUGGAGGUAAUCAUAGCAGCGUUAAGAAAGGAAGACAAAAGCGAGGCGUCUUACCUAAACAAGCUACAAGCAUUAUGCGAACUUGGCUCUUUGAACAUUUAGUUCAUCCAUAUCCCACGGAGGAUGAGAAGCGUCAAAUAGCGGGUCAAACGAACUUAACGUUGCUACAAGUCAAUAAUUGGUUCAUCAAUGCUCGUCGAAGAAUCCUUCAGCCAAUGCUCGACGGUGCCGGAGCGGAUUCGAUACAGCGAGCCGGGAAACGUCACAAGGUAUCGAAACAUGUGGUGCAACAUCAACAGGUGCAGCAGCAACAAGGCGGCGGCUGGCAAUCUGAAGAUUCUGGAAGUGACUCCGGCUCCAGCGACGGUGAGGGAGGUGCCGAUAGAUCGAAAGAUGGUAACGAUAGCGACGAAGAUGAUCUUCACUGACCUCUGUCGAUCAUUAAAACAUCAACCUCUUUACGGUACCUUCAAAUCCAGUUGCUCAUUACAGUAUUAAGGUAUUCGAGAAUAGAUUUCGCUUUAACUGUCAAAUACGUAAUUAUUCUCGCGAAAAUCAAGGGUAUUAUUGGUCGAGGUUAUCACGCUCUCUUAUCGGAUCCGACAGUUUCAAUCUCUUUUACUAUCCAUGGAGUAUCUUAGCGUUUUUAAACGUCGUUAUUCGUUAACUACGAUCCGAGAAAGAUUGAACAAGAAAUCCUGUAUAAUUCGAAACAUGUUCUUUCCCUUUCUUUUUAUUUUUUUUUUUUUUUUUUUAUACAUUGUCUGUAAGAAUAAUUCGAUCAUGAUAAGAAAGAGUUUUAGGAUUGUUAUAUUUUUUAAUCAGUUUCCUUGAUUCGUUGAUAAACAAGUUACAUUGAAGCAACUUUUUUUCUCCUGAAUAAUUCGUUCUUGCUGUUGUUUCUUCUUGAUGACUCUUGAUGAAUCUUAAUGAUUAUUAAUUUAUGUGUAAUAGUUCAAGGCGACAAACGAAGAUGGUAUAAAAAAGUCAUCAUUUGUAUCACUUACUGAACAAUAGACAGUGUUUUCCAAGAUGUUUAUCAAUCGAGUUGUUUAGCUGAUUAGUUAAGAAGUAGUUCAAAUCAACUGAUUUGUAGAAGCAAAUUAUUUUUCGAAAGAAGACUUGAAAUGUCCGUGAACAAUAUUCACACUGUGAAAGAUCUUUAUGGAGACGAGUAUGUUUGCGUGUAACAUGUACAUUUUUUCUAUGAUAUAAACUACGAACAAAGAGUUUACUCGUUUAACAAAACGAUUAGAAACAAGUUAAAUCUAAGGUGACAACAACACAAAAGUUAGCGUUACUGUUUAUAUAUUUUUAUAUCGAAACUUUAUUUCCUUCAAGAUGCGUUUUUCCCAGGCUUCGCAGCGAUAUGACACGUCUUUCAAUGUUUAACAACAAAACAAUAAAAAAAAAAUAAGAUCAGUACGUGCUUAAAGAUCAUAAUUUCUGUAGAAAGUUAGUGAUCUUUAUAUCACUUUAUUUUCAAACUGUUCUGAAAUACUAUUAAACUUACAGAUACAUUUAUCCUAUGAACUCUGGGUGGAAUAAAAAAUUAAAUACUAAUGACAUUUAAAGUAAAGGAAAAAAAAGCAAAGAUAAACGUUUGACUAUUUAUUGGUUCGACCAGCCUCACACAGUUAACUCGAUUCCUGAAUAGUUUUGAGAGAAUUUAGGGAUAUUUCUGUAAAGGGGAGACUUAGUACUUUCUAUAGUGUUAUCGAAAAUCGUCCAAAUGAGACUAUGUAUAAUAUAGAUAUCUUAAAUAACGACACAAAUGAACGAUCGUUCUCAACCCUUCCUAAUUAAAAUAAGCUAUGACGAUAUUGUGCUACUACAUUUAACAUAGGCGAGAUAUGUUUUUGUGAUCGGUCGGCAACCAUCGAAAUGCUAAAAAGAUAAAUCUAAAUCCCGGGAAAACCCAUGCGUAAAAAAUGAAGAACUGGAUUACAAUGAAUUAAAAAAGAAGAUGAUUGUGAUGAUCGGUCAGUAAAAUGGUAACAAUCUCGGUCUUGUACUCUUCGUGCCAUUAAAGAGCGUGGUAACUUCCGCGUUUAGUCUUUGUUCAGCUCUGCAGUGUCGUGACAUAGCGAAGUGCUAUCCCUCCAAGAUAAUAAUAAUAAUAAUAAUUAAUAAUUAAUAAUAAUAACAAUAAUAUUAUUAUUAAUAAUAAUACCAUUACGACUAAUAAUGAUAACAACAACAAUGAUAAUAUAAUACUACUUUAAAUAUAUGAUGAUUAUAUUUUUAAACUCUAAGUGUCGUCUUUAAAAGAAGAAAAAACAAAAAGAAAAAAAACACGUGUACCGCAGUUUGAACAAAUGUGGUAAUGCUGUACAUAUACAAUAUACAAGAACUAUUAGAAGUAAAGGAGAAGAACGUUUAAUGUGAUUUCUCUUCAAACA